AUGGACCCCCCCAGGGCCCCCCCUGCCCCCCCCGUGGCGCUGCCGGCGCUGGACGCCAUCGCCUUCUCGGGGGGAGGGGCCGAGAGCCCCGCACGGACACUGACCCCUGCGCUGACCCCUGCAGUGACCAGUGCAGUGACCCCUGAAGUGACCACUGCAGAGAGCCCCGCACGGACACUGACCCCCACAGUGACCCCUGAAGUGACCCCCGCAGUGACCCCUGCACUGAGCCCUGCAGUGACCCCUGAGCUGACCCCCACACGGACACUGCUGACCCCUGCACUGCCCCCUGCACUGACCCCUGCACUGACCCCCUCCUUGACCACUGCCCAGACCCCCACCUUGACCAUGACCCCCACCCAAGCCACUGCACUGACCACUGCCUUGACCCCCACCCUGACCCCCACCCUGACCCCCACCCUGACCCCCACCCUGACCCCCGCGCUGACCCCCGCGCUGACCCCUGCUCCGGCCGCAGUCCCGGACGUGUUCUGGGCCAGCCUGCUCCGUGCCCAGCUCUGUGUCCAGGAGCUCCAGGGCGCCAUCGAGGGACAGACGGACACUGGGGAACAACAGCACCAGGACCUGGCCCAGGACCACCUCCAGGACCAUCCUCAGGACCACCACCAGGAUGGGGCUGGGAGCAUCUCCCAGGAGCUCCAAGGCCAAGAAUCCAGGUUUGAGGAGAUCUUCCAGGUAUUCGUGGAUGAGAACAUCUCACCCAAAGCCGUGGUCACACAUGACAACAUCUCACCCAAACCCAUGGAUGACAACAUCUCACCCAAACCAACGGUCACACACGAGGACAUCUCACCCAAAUCCAUGACCAUAGAUGGGAACGUCUCCCAGGAGCUCCAAAGCCAUGAAUCCACGUUUGAGGAGAUCUUCCAGGUGUGCAUGGGUGAGGACAUCCCAUCAAAACCCACGGCUGUAGAUGAGGACAUCCCACCCAAAUCCAUGGCCGAGGAUGAGGACAUCCCAUGCAAAUCCAUGUUGAUGGAUGAGAACAUCUUCCAGAUGUCCACAGAUGGUUCCAUCCCACCCAAAUCCAUGGCCAUGGAGCUCUCCCAGGAGCUCCAUGACCAUGAAUCCACGUGUGAGGAGAUCUUCCAGGCGUGCACGGAUGUGGACAUCCCACCCAAAUCCAUGCCCAUGGAUGAGAACAUUUCCCAGGUGUUUACAGAUGGCUCCAUCCCACCCAAAUCCAUGACUGUGGGUGGGAGCAUCUCCCAGGAGCUCCAAGGCCAUGGAUCCACGUUUGAGGAGAUCCUGCAGGUGUCCAUGGAUGAGGACAUCCCACCCCAGGCCAUUCCCGGGCACCAAAGCUUUGAGUUCUUCUUUGGGGGCAUCAUGUCCAUGGGUGGUGACACCUCAUCGUGGACCGUGACCAUGGAUGGGAUCGCCUCACCCCAAUUCAUGACCACAGAUGGGACCUUCUCUCCAGAGCACCUGGCUGUGGAUUCAAGGAUCUCACCUGAGCCUGUGACCAUGGAUGGUCCCACCUUGGCCAAGAACGUGACCAUGGAUGGUCCUGCCUCACCCAGGUCUGUGACCAUGGAUGGUCCCACCUCACCCAGGCCCGUGACCCCUGAUGAAGCGAUUUCUCCAGAGAACGUUCCCAUGGAUUCCAGGAUCUCCCCCAAACCCAUGGCCAUGGAUGGUCCCAUCUCCUCCAGGCCCCAAGCCCCCAGACUCAGCCAGGAGGGAGAGGAACGUGACGAUGAUGGUGACAACCACCAUGACCAUGAUGACCACCGUGACUGUGAUAACCGCGAUGGCCACAAUGACCUUGAUGACCACAAAGACCAUGAUAACCACCAUGAUCACCAUGACCUAGAUCACCAUGAUAACCACCAUGACCUCAAUGACCAUGAUGACCACCAUGACCUGGAUGAUCACAAUGACCACGAUGACCACCAUGACCUCAAUGACCACAAUGACUUCAGUGACCUCAAUGACCAUAAUGACUGUGAUGACCACCAUGACCACAAGGACCAUGAUGAUGACAAUGACCUAGAUGACAACCAUGACCAUGAUGACCACAAAGACCACCAUGACCACCAUGACCACCGUGACCACCACCAUGAGCUCAAUGACCUUGAUGACGACAAAGACCUCAAUGACCACAAAGACCAUGAUGACCACCAUGACCUUGAUGACCACUAUGACCACAAUGUCCACCAUGACCACGAUGAGCACAAAGACCAUGAUGACCGCAAUGACCGUGAUGACCACCAUGACCGUGAUGACCACCAUGAGCUCGAUGACCACAAUGACCGUGAUGACCACCAUGACCACCAUGACCGUGAUGACCACCAUGACCACGGUGACUCCUCCCAUGAAGAUGAACACAAGGAGAACCUGGAUGAGGAGGACCUAGAUGAGGAGAAGAACAUGAACGAGAAGAACCUGGAUGAGGAGGAUCUGGAUGAGGACGUGGAUGAGGACCUGGAUGAUGAGGAGAACCUGGAUGAGGAGAACCUGGAGGAUGACCUGGAUGAUGAGGAGGACCUGGACGAGGAGCCCCAUUUCCACACCAACCCCCUGUUCCAGCGCCCGCUGCCCCCGGGGGUGCCCCCCUGGCGUCCCCACGGUGCCACCCUCGAUGCCACCCUCGGGUGCCACCGCCCAGGAGCCGCCACCACCACCACCACCACGGGCUGGGGACCACCCAGAACCCCGGAAUUUGGGGACACCCCGGAUCCGCCUCCAGAAUUUGGGGACCCACCAGAAUUUGGGGAUCCCCUGGAAUUUGGGGACCCCCUGGAAUUUGGGGACCCCCCCUUGGUGUCUUCUCCUCCCCCAGGACCACCCAGAACUCCAGAAUUUGGGGACCCCCCGGAUCCGCCUCUGGAAUUUGGGGACCCCCUGGAUCCACCCCUGGAAUUUGGGGACCCUCCCAAAUGGGUGGACCCAAAAUGGGGGGGGCCGGACCCCCCCACCCCCCUGGAGGAGCCCCCCAGUUCCUGGGACCCCCCAGAUUUGCCCCAAAAUGAGGGACCCCAAAUCCCCCCAGAUUUACCCCAAAAACCCCAAAGCCCCCCAGAUUUACCUCACAAAGAGGGACCCCAAAUCCCCCCAGAACCCCCAAAUGUGCCCCUAAAAGAGGGACCCCAAAAACCCCAAAUCCCCCCAGAUUUACCCCAGAAAGGGAGACCCCAAAACCUCACAGAUUUACCCCAAAAAGAGGGACCCCAAAACCUCCCAGAUUUACCCCAAAAAGAGGGACCCCAAAACCCCCAAAUCCCCCCAGAUUUGCCCCAAAUCCCUCCAGUUUUACCCCAAAAACAAGGACCCCAAAACCUUCCAGAAUUACCCCAAAAAGAGGGACCCCAAAACCUCCCAGAACCCCCAAAUGUGCCCCUAAAAGAUGGACCCCAAAACCUCCCAAAUUUAUCCCAAAAAGGGAGACCCCAAAACCUCCCAGAACCCCUAAAUUGGCCCCAAAAAGAGGGACCUCAUAGCCCCCGAAUCCCCCCAGAUUUGCCCCAAAUCCCCCCAGAUUUACCCCCAAAAGGGAGACCCCAAAACUUCCCAGAUUUACCCCAAAAAGAGAGACCCCAAAGCCCCCAAACGCCCCCAAAUUUACCCCAAAAAGAGGGACCCCAAAACCUCACAGCACCCCCAGAUUUAUCCCAAAAAGGGAGACCCCAAAACCUCCCAGAACCCCUAAAUUGGCCCCAAAAAGAGGGACCCCAGAGCCCCCAAAUCGCCCCAUUUUUACCCCAAAAAGAGGGACCCCAAAUCCCCCCAGAUUUACCCCAAAAAUGGAGACCCCAAAGCCCCCAAAUGCCCCCAAAUUUGCCCCAAAAAGAGGACCCCAAAACCUCCCAGAACCCCCAGAUUUACCCCAAAAAUUGGGACCCCAAAUCCCCCCAAAUUUGUCCCCAAAAGAGGGACCCCAAAUCCCCUCAGAACCCCCAAACUGCCCCCAAAAAGAGCGACCCCAAAUCCCCCAGUUUUGCCCCAAAAAGAGGGACCCCAAAGACCCCAAAUUCCCCCAGAUUCACCCCAUAAAUGGGAACCCCAAAUCCCCCAAAAAUGGGGACCCCAAACCCCAAAUUUCCCCCCAAAAUGGGGGGUCCAGAGCCCCCUCCACCCCCUGACCGCCCUCAAACCCCCCCAAAGCCCCCGGGGCCCCCCCAGAAUCCCCCAAAA